AUGCUCAUCACUUCACAUGACGCUGUUGUGUCCGCCUUGAAAGAGCACGGUGUAAUUCCUGAUGUAAUCGACGAAUUUCAAGUCAGCGGAUUAUUAACGCUUCAUUAUGGAAAAGAAAAAGACGUGAAUCUUGGAAAUCAAUUGACUAUCGAAGCCACUGCGAAAUCUCCCAAUGUUUGGUUUGCGACUGAUGACCAAAAUACUGAAGAUCAAUUCACUCGUGCAAAUCCGAUCAGACGUGAAUGGCGUCAUUGGGUUGUUGGAAAUAUUCCUGCAAACGCGGAAUUGAACAAAGCGACUACGCUAACUACGUACAAUGGACCAACGCCACCACCUGGCACAGGAAAACAUCGGUAUGUGUUUGUGUUGUUUAAGCAGCCACAAUGCGAUAUCAAGUAUGACCCGUUGCCGGAAUCACGAGAGAAAUUCAAUACGCGUGAAUUCGCAAAAAAGUAUGGGUUGGAGAUUGUUACCGCGAAUUUCUUUUUUUGUGAGAAUUGA